UUCUAGAACAUCCUCUUGUUCUUUGCUGCACUUUUGGCAUUUGGGGGGAAAGUCUGGGGUCUGUCAGGGCGCAGCCUGAGUGCAGGAUGGCUGAGCUGGUGAGAAUCCGUAAGAAACGUCUGCAGAUGCCCAUCAACAGACUUAGGAGCAUCUUGAAGCAGCUGGAGGAGAAAGAUGUCGACUUUGAAGAAAUCAAGAAGAACCUGGAUGUUACAGCAUCACUACUAGAGGCCGUUUAUCUUGAUGGAACAAGGCAGUGCAUAGAGUCUGAAGACGACCUCCAGCAGCUUCAGUCAGACGGGGUUCCUGCAGAGGUCACCGAUUGGCUGGCGUCAACGUUCACUCAGAGGGUACGGCGACCUGGGCGGCGUACAGACGAGAAACCCAAGUUCCGCAGCAUCGUGCAUGCGGUGCAAGCUGGGAUAUUUGUGGAGAGAAUGUUCAAGAGGGCCUACACGGCCACCAUGCCCGACCAACCUGCAACCGUCGUAAAUUGCCUGAGGGAUGUUGACCGCUGGAGUUUUGACGUGUUCGCCCUGAACGCAGCCAGCUCUGAUCACGCACUACAGGCGCUCUUCUUUGAGCUCAUCACCAGAUAUGCGCUCAACAGCCGUUUCAAGAUCCCAAUCUCCAGCCUGACGCUGUUCCUGUCGGCCGUGGAGAGAGGAUACUGCAAACACAACAACCCGUAUCACAGUCACGUGCACGCCGCCGACGUCACCCAGACGCUGCACUGUCUCCUGCUGCGCUCUGGCCUCGUGCACUGGUUGACAGAGUUGGAGGUCAUGGCGGCGCUUUUCGCUGCAGCCAUCCAUGACUACGAGCACACAGGAACCACUAACAACUUUCACAUCCACACAAAGUCAGAGUUUGCUCUGAUUUACAACGACAGGUCAGUGCAGGAAAGUCAUCACCUGAGCGCAGCAUUCCGACUCCUGCAGGACGACCAUAUGAACAUUUUUAUUCACUUGACCAGAGAGGAAUGGAUGGAGCUGCGCUCACUGGUCAUAGAGAUGGUGUUGUCUACAGACAUGUCCUCCCACCUUCUGCAAGUCAAAGCCAUGAAAUCCUGCAUGCAACAACAUGAAAGGAUUGAGAAGUCCAAAGCCCUCUCCCUGUUACUCCACACAGCAGACAUCAGUCAUCCGUCUAAACCUUGGACACUUCACUCGCGAUGGACCAAAGCCUUGAUGGAGGAGUUUUUUCGACAGGGUGAUAGAGAGGCGGAGCUGGGCCUGCCCUUCUCUCCUCUGUGUGACCGAAAAAGCACACUGGUGGCCGAGUCUCAGAUCGGUUUCAUAGACUUCAUCGUUUACCCGACAUUCUCCUUACUGACCGACAUGGCUGAGAAGAUUGUGGUUCCUUUAGUGGAGGAGAAUCCUGGUCCACUGGACCCCUGUAAUAGACACAGUAAUCUGUGGAAGGAGAGCUCCAGGGGGCUGCAGUGGAGUCUGGCCCACAUCACGGCCGAGCUGGUCAGCUUCCGCUCCGCCUGGACGCGACACACCGAAGACAACAAGCUCAAGUGGAAAGAUAGCGGCUCGAAUGGAUUCUCCGAAGUAACAGUGAUGAAAGAUCAGAAAAAAGCACAAGAGGAGCGGUCGCACAAAUCUAAGCAAGACACCAAGAAAGACACAAAACAGUAGAGAGCAUAUUUUAUUUUUUAUUAUUUAUAAUGUAUCUGAUGACAUCAUUUGUAACACAGCUAUAAACUGAAGUGGCAUUCAAGUGUAGGAGGAUCACUUCAAUACAAUGUGUACAUGCUGGCCAUGUUAUACAAACUAGAUGGUGUUAUUAAAUUAAUUUACCAAAACAUUGUAAGAAGUCAAUUUUGUGGUUGAACACAAAUCAUUCCACUGCAGGAACUUUUUUAUUUACCUGAGAUUUUAUAAUUUACACAAUAAAAUAAACACACAUUUUCUUCAAAU